GGAAUGCAUACAAAUGUAGAAAUCUUCUUGAAAAAUUCUAUAAGUUAAGUUUCGAUUGAUUUUAUUUCACCAACCUAUUCAUUUGAGUCAUUGAUCGCUUAGACUUGACUUGGCAGUUGUGACGUCAUAUUGAUGGCUAGCGCCCCCACGACUAACACGAAAAUUGUAAUGGCGACCAUGCAAAUAUGAUAGAAGACGGCCCAGGAUCACAACACGGAGGCCAACUUGGGCCCGGUUCAGGUGCAUUAGGCAUGGUUACUAAAUCACAGCAAGAAGAUGGAAUUAAACAGCGUCCCCAGUAUUCAAUGCCAGGGAUCCUCCACUUUCUCCAAACAGAAUGGGCAAGAUUCGAAAUGGAGAGGUCUCAGUGGGAAGUGGAACGAGCUGAGUUACAAGUGCGUAGAUUGCCAUUAAAAUAAAUCAACUUUGUUAACAGUUUGCUUUGUUUCAAACACAAAGAAACCUUUCCUUUAAUCUUGUACUAUUUCUUGUACUACUGUAUACCGCUUUCCUUUAUCCAUGGCCAUUACAUUAAACAUGGAAGUAUCUCUUAUGCCACUCUAUUACUAUUACUAUUAUUUAAUUAUUAAUGAUUAUUAUUGUUGUAGUUUUAUUACUACUUUUAGUUUUAGCUACUACUACCUAAAAGAUAAUAAUACCUAAGUUAUAAUUAUAAGGCUCUCCUGACUGUCUUUUCAGUUCACCCUUUCCAACUUUUUAACUUUCCGUAAUUUGUUUAUGUCUCAUAAUUAAAGAAUGCAAGUCUCCUAGCCUACCUAAGCUCUAACUCUAUCAAAAAUAAUAAUAUCACUCACCUUGGUCUUGGAUUGGGUAUAGAAAUUUAUAAAUUUGAUUGAUGAAUGAAAUAUAUGUUCAAAUGUUGACAACAAUGACAUAUUAACAUUAUUAGGGGGCUAAUUGGGGUAGUAGGCAAAAUACUAAGAUUACUAUGAAAGUGGGAGGUGUAAAGAUCAUGUGAAUGUGACAUCAUACAUAUAAAACCUGAAAAUCAUGGUGAUGUUUAACUUUCUAUUAAGUUAUAAUGAUGCUAUUGAUACAUGGCAAUAUAAAUUUAAUUGUGAAGUGUGAUUUGGAUUAAAUUUUAAGUAGUUGUUAAUUUUUUAGUUCCAAAAUUUUUUUUGGGUGGUGUGGGGGAUGGUGUAGUAUGUGACAGGGUUGGGGGGAGGGGGAUAAAUAUUGUCAAAAAUAGAUUUAUGGACAGGCCCUUGUAGACAUUCAUUAGCCUAAUAUGUAAUUUGUAAGCCUAAGAAAGAAUAUUGAACCUAAACUCUAGCACACUAAAAUCUAGUCAUCCACUCAGUCUCAUCUUGAAUUCUUGAGAAUAAUUUAAAAUUAUUUGGAGAUAAUAUGAAAUCAAUUUAAACCUAAAGUAGUUUUAUUUUUAUAUAGGCAUAGGGAUGGGCCUCAUUACCUGUGUUUAUCCAUCUUGAGGCGGUUGGGCCGAUCAAUUGACCCAGAGUGUUAAGGCGAAAAAAUACGUAAGGCUGAUCUAUCUGCCCAAUAAUUAUAAUACAAGCCUCAGUAUUGGAUGCUUCUAGCAUUUCUUGCUCAUAUCGCCAUUUUAAUGUUGGCUUCCAUUGAUAUUUUACGGUAUUCUGUCAUUUUAUAUAAAUUUUCUUUGGUACCAAGUGACCUCUAUAAAUGCUUCAAAAAUAUGUGACCUUGUAAUAUGCCAAAAGGCAUGACAGCCCCAGGGGAAUGUUUUAUGCAUUUUUCAAAUUGAAUCUCAUUUAAAUAUGAGUUAGGACUUACAUAGGCUUCAACAAUCAUACCUUUUUUGUUAAAUCAGGACGGUAAACAAUUUUAUUUUCAGUGUAAAAAAUUUUUUUAAUCUCAUUUGCUUAAUGUUGAGAUUUCAGUUUGAUAGAUUAAGAUCAUAUUAUUUUAUUCCAUCCCCUACAAAAUAUAUAAAGUUAAUAUUUGUAAAAUAAUGUUUAUUUUUUAAUAAUUUUUUUUGCAAAAUAAGUGCAGGGCUUGUGAAAAGGACUCCAUCUUUUUGGCACAGUCAGUCCAAAAAGGCUCCAUCUCAAAAGGGUUUAAGAUUUAGUACUUAAUUGAUGAUAAUUAUUAGGAAUAAAACUUGUAUGCACUUAUUCAUAAUUAUUGUCUAGUUUAGGCUGCUAGUGUCAAUGUGUUUGCAAUCAUAAUCCUGUGGACCAAUAGACUAGGCAUAUUAAUUAUUAUUAAAUCUAACUUAGGCUAACAUAUUUAUUCAAAUAAAAGCUAGAGCUUAUAAACAUUAUAAAUAUUGUCCCUUGUGCUUAACCAAGGAAUCUUUAAUCUGCUGAAUAUGAUUGAUUGGCCCAUAUUAAUAUAAUAUUAACUGUUAAUAGGCAUACAUUGUCAUUAUUUAUACAAAAAUAUAACAUCUCUUUAGCAACAUACAUUUUUUUAAAAUCUUGUUUUUACCUACCUAGUACUACACAAAUUGUUCAAAUAACAUUUCUGUGAAUUACUGUGAAAUAUUAACUGUCUUCCUUCUUAUUAUUCCUGUGACAUACUCAGACUUAAUGGAUUAUGUGCUUUUUUUUUCUGGUAAACUAUGUAUUGAAAAGUUCCAAUUAACAAUUUGCACCUGAUCAGCUGAAAUCAAAGUGUAACUGGCUUAGAAAUGCUCAGAUACUUCAAUUUGACGAAAAAAAUGUGUGGACUUGUACUUAUUGAAAUCAGUUUUUGAAUGUUAAAUGUGAACUCUAUUUUAUUUGCAAACGAAUGUUAAUUGUUAAAAAACAUUUCUUUUAAAAUAUCAACAUUUUUGAGCACAUGUUAAUAUCAUUCAAUGGUCUAUCAUAAAAAAAAUUAUGUUAAACUUCUAAACAUUUAUUUAGGAAUUUGUCCCUAAACUGACUCAUCAAGCAAAAUAUUAAUUCGAGCAGAAAUAAAUUUAUUAUCUAUUAAUUACUUAAUUUCAGGCCAGAAUUGCAUUUUUGCAAGGAGAACGCAAAGGACAAGAGAAUUUAAAGCAAGACUUGGUGAGGCGAAUUAAGAUGCUUGAAUUUGCCUUGAAGCAAGAAAGGUAAAUAUUAUUAAAUUGAUAUACUUUCAUUGUUCCUAUUUUAUAUAGUAAAACUGAUGACUAACUUUUGAACAAUAAUAAUAUUUAAAAUUGUGAUCUAGGAGACAGCUUCAAUUACAUAAUUUGUGGAAAAAAAUAUUUUUUUUUAUAUGUAUAAAAAUUCCAGCCUUGAAAUAAGCAGUAAAAAAAAUUGUAGAUUAAUCAGUAUCUCCUUUCGGUUCUAUUGAUCAAUCUCAAAAUCAGCCUUUGGGUAUUAGAGUAUGCUAUCCAGAUGUUAGGUGUAAAUGCAUAUGGUUUUUAAAAAAGCCUGGCUGUUAUGCAUUUGAAUCGCUUGUGGUCAUGACUUAAUAUAGAAUGUGCAGUUCAUUUAAAUGAUCCACUUUAGGGGUGUCAACUUUCAUGGUAAGCCACUCUGUAUUCAUUGUUAUUCACAAUUCUUAACUUUAAAUUAAUUUCAUUUAAUUUUAGAGCAAAGUACCAUAAGCUUAAAUAUGGUACAGACUUAAACACUGACGAUUUAAAGCCUCCAUCUUUUGACAAAGAAAAUAAAGGUAUUUCAUAUUUUUUCCUUGUCAACUUCUUCAUUUAACUUGUUUAGUUUACUAGCUAAUUUAGAUUUAAAAAAUUAUAAAUGAAACCUGAAUGAGAUUUUUAAAAAUGAUAAUUGAAUGAACUCCUCUUAAAUGUUUUUUUAUUUUAUGCCUUUAGAUGACCAAAUAGAUGGGGAGAUCUCAUUAUCAACUUCUUCAGGAACAAGCAACGCCACUUGGCGACAAGGACGACAGCUUCUUCGGCAGUGAGUAAAAUGGUUUAUGCAGCAAUUUUUUUUCCUUUUUAUUUGUAUUAUCUAAACUGUUGAAAGUAUCUAUUUGCUGAUGUAAACUAAAAUGUUUAUAAAAAAAAUCUUUAGAUACCUCCAAGAAAUAGGCUACACUGAUACCAUUAUUGAUGUACGUUCAGCACGAGUACGGUCUCUGCUUGGCCUUCAAACACAGACAGCUGAAAGUGAUGCAGAUAUUUCACAGUCAGUUCUUGUUAAUGGAGAAAAUCAGGCUAAUAAGCGAGAUAACCAGGGGAAGAGGUACACUUACUUAUUAUUUUGUAUAAUAUAAAGUUCUGAUGACUAAACUUGUAUCUGAUGUGCUGCUUUGGUGGGUGCUUUAGAGCACCUGACUGCUUGGACAAUCAGUUUCCUUUUCUGGUUUAAAUUAAAUAGCUAUAAUUUUGUAAAAAUUAAAUUUGUGCCUAUUAUUAUUAUAAUUAUUAUUUUUCUGAUCCUACAUCUUUUAUUUGAUAAUUACAUUUAUAAAGAGGUAUUCCAAUUUUUGUAAACAGGGCUGGUUUAAAGAAAUUAAGCAACAUGGCAAAUGAUAGUGCACUCAUUGAUGCUGAGAAUGCUGUAAUGACCACUUUUGAUUUUCUUAAUUCUGGAAAUGUUGUGGAGGAUGAUGAUGAUCUUAGGUAAACACCUUUUUCAUUUAUUUAGGAAUUCAUGUUUUUAUCUUGUUUUUUUGUUUUGAAUAAUGUGUUAUGUGGUUGAAAUAUAAAAAAAUAAUAAAUUGCAAUUGUUUAUAUGUAAAAUUUUAGAAAUUCAAAACAUUUUUUUUUGUUGCUGAUAAAUUUGUAUUUGUUUUUAUGUUUUUAAAAUAUUAUGGAAACAGCUAUAAAAAUGUUGCUGAAAAUAUAUAAAGCAGAGUGGUGAAGAGAUAUGCCUGACAGUUUUACAUAUAAACUCAAGGAAAUGCAGAUCUUGAAGACUGUAGCCUUUAUUUGGUACUAUCAGUGUUGUAUAAAAAAGAAUGGUGUAAGAAAAUGAAUCCUAAGAGAAAGCAUAAGAAAAAUUUGUAAGAAAAAGGACAAUAUCUGUAAAGAUACCAAUAGUACAGAUAAACAAUGUCCUGACUAACAUUUGAAUUACACAGCUAACAAAUAAACAUGCUAAACAACUCUGUCCCUGUCAACACCGUCUUACAUUCAGAAUCGCUGUGAGAUGUGAGGGCUAACAUACAGGUCUAGAAAUUACUAUUGUGUUGUUAUCCAUGUAUGGUGUCUAUAUAAGAUGCACCCAUAGCAGGACAGUUACUACAAUGGUAUAAAGUAUAACAAUCGUUAGUUUAAUACUUGUUGCAUUAAUCAAAUGCUGUAUUUUUAAGACAAAAGCGCAUUGCAGAAUAAUUAUUUAAUACAGCUGCUAAUGUUAUCCUAACACAUGCACCAUUACCUAUGUGAGAAUUUAGCACAUGGCAGGAUAGUUAGCCCUCUACACAUAUUUUACAUAUAUUUGCUGGUUGAAUACUGUUGUAUCAAUCACUUAAAAGCACAUUGCAGUAUGUGUAACCAGAAUGAUAUAACAGUUCGUGUUAUGCUCACGUACACUCUGGUAUAUAAUAAUUCCUUUUAAAAAUUCAGUGGACGGCUGUAUGCUCACAAUAUGGUUACAAGUCAAAUUGACGCAGCUAACAAGUGAUUAAAACACUGCCCAAUAUAAGUAAUGAACAGAAAUCUUCCAUUACAAAACCUAACAAUUGCAUUCUACACAGAAAUAUAAAGGCGUAUUUGCUUAUACUUACAAAGUGUCCAAAUGUGCCAGUGAAUAAUGGCGCGCUUUAGGGAUGCGAUUAAAACUUUGAAUGGCAAAACACACACACUAUUAAUAGGGUUGCUCGAAUAUCCUAGAGAGCAUCUACGUCACACUUCCAACAAGACGGUCUAUUACUUGACUUUUGGCAAUCCCUAGAGACUGCAACCUGUAUAAAAGUCAAAAUCUUGGUCCAAAACCCUGAAAACUUAUGUGUGUCUGUUUAUGUUUUGUCUCAGCCAUCUAAGAUACAAAUUUAUAUUUAUAUAAGUUAAAUGGUCUUUGAAAUAUUUUAAAUAAAAGGGUUUAGGACCCCCAUGGAUGAAUGUGAAAACUCCCUCAAAUACUUAAUAUUGCUGUAUCCUCUAAAGCUUUAGACUUGCAAAGAUACUACGGAAUAGAGACUAAAAUCCCCUUUCCGACAAGAUAUAAUUUAUAGCAUAAUUACCUAGGGGUUCCCGAGAAAUAACUUAUUGAACUUAUACAAAAGCACACAUAGUGGUUUCAUAUCUUUAAAUAUUUUAUGCAGUGUGGGAGUGGAUGUUCAUGUUAUGUUGUGAUAACCUAACCCAAAGUUCAAAUUCCACGGCAGUGUUGGGUGGUGAAUGUUCUGAAUAUGUAAAAGCAUGGCCUACAAUGCCACAAUCUAUAUUUUCCAUUUUAAAAAUUAUUGUGAAUAUUUCAUGUAAUUUUCUUAACUUUCAAUUUGAAUUAUUCUCACUGUAGUGAUGAAAAUGAAGAUGGAAUGGCUGCAGACGAUGAAGCUGAAGAAAGAUUAGAACGGAAAGGAAUUAAACUAAAGGUCUGAUGGCGUAUUUUAUCAUUUCUUCAUUGUUCACGGAUUUGUAGUUUUACAUUUGUUAUUGUUAUUGAUUGUAGUAGCAUUCUUACAAGAGAGAUGAAGGUAGGGCUCUGCUCAUUAGUAUUUUUUUAAUCUUUCGCCAAAUAUCAAGCUAAAUGGAUUUUGAAUUAAUGCUGACAUGAGUCUAUUUUUGUUUUCUAACAUUUGUAAUUGAAUCAGCACAGAAUUUGUGACACAGUGUUAAGAAAUAGCAACAAAAAUCCUUGUAUUACUCAAUCCCUGUAGCUACAGUUUUUAAAUGCAGUGUGUGAACCCAUUUGUGUUGUUCAUUGAAAGCUCUGUGGAAAAGCUGAGAAUGGGGAAUCUCAGUAUUAGUCUGCAAUGCAGUCAUCACAUUAAUGUACUUAUCACACAAGCUGCCUGUUAAGAAAUGUGUUCACAUGAUGUUCAGUAAGAUUUAUUUUACUGACUCCUUGCUGGGCAUAUCAAGCUUGCACUGUCUCUUGACGUCCAGAAAAUAUUCAGAUGCGAACUUACAUUUGGCAUUUUUUUAAGGGUCUGCGUUAUCCUAGAUCCAGGCUGACCUAUAAAAACAUACAAUACACUAUCUUUGUUUAAAGCAUUUUGCUAUGAUUGAGUUAAUCAUGGAGUGACUUACUGACUGUUCCUAGUGUGGAUGAACACAGAAAAAAGUCUUACGGAGUGCGCUCUUUUGAAGAGACUGUCCCAAAAUUAUGGAACAGUUUGCCUCAAUCUUUGAGGGGAAUUGAAAAUGAUAAAAAAUCAUUUAAGAAACUAUUAAACAUUUUUUUGCUUAAAUAGAUUUCGGAGGACCAGGGCGCAGUGAGCAUGCUAAAGUGGCAUGGAUACCGGCGCGAUAUAAAUAUUAAAAUCAAUCAAUUCUAUUAAGAAACCAAUAGUAGAAAAUACUUAAGUAAUACAAAAUGCAAACGUUGAAUCAAUUAAAAAUCACCCUUGAAAAUAACCUCAAGGUAAUUGUAUUUCCAUUUUACUAAAAGAGUAAAUGAAUUUUCAGAAUGAUAGCAAUGAAGGCUUAGAUGAAACAGACCCUGACACAGUAGAAGCACUAGCAGAAUUUCACUUUUUAGAAACAGAAAUAGGUGAAGUAGCAGGUGAGACUUACAGUUCUGAUGGCUGGGGUAGAUCAUUGUAUUCUGGCCCUUGUCACAGAAAUUUUUCCACAUUCUGUUCUUGGGCAGAGAAUUUAUCUCUUUAAUUUUUUUUACCAUAUGUAGGUCAUCUUCAUUCAAUGAUCUGCAAGAAAUUUAAAGCUCAUUAGUUAAAUUUUCUUUUACGUGAUGUUAAUUGAAAGUUGGGAUUUAUUUUUUAAAAGUAUAUUUUGGUAAAAAAAAAGGUUGUUAAAUCUUUAGCCUUUUGGUAAAAAACUUUGUUAUUAUUAAAAGUGGGAUCAUGGUAUCUUGUUUUAAAAGUCUCUUUGUUUUCUUGCAUAUCUUUGUCUAGUAUUCUACUUGUGUGUCAGUUGUUGUGACUUUAGUGUGCAUAAACACAUCAUAUCAGCUCAUAUUCACAUGUUUGUCUGUAGCAAUUAAUGUUGGUCUUACAAUGAUGUUAAAUUUUAAAUGCUUCAAAUUUCAAGCUCAAUGAAUUUUUUGUUUAUCUUUAUGAUGCGUAAAUCUUGCUGUAUAGACAUUUUUAAGCGUGAGUUAUUUUUAUCUGUAAAGUGUAUAGAAUUCAUAAAAUGAAAGUGAAAUAUUUUUAGUGCUAUCAAAAUAGCAAUCACAUUCUGCAAGUUUAUUGAAAUGGAAGAUUGACUUUUUUUGCAUUGCUUUAACAUCAUUGUUACCCAAUUGUAAAUGCACAUAUUUUGCUCGCUGUUUUAUCAUGUCUUUUAAAUUUAAUUUAGAGACAACUACUAUGCACAUCAACUUUUUGUUCCUCUUAGUAUAUAGUUUUCCUGUUUAUUUUCCCUUUUUAUUUGUUAAUCAAGCAUUGGUUCCCUUAUUUAUCGUGUUAUCAUUCAAGGUAUCAGCAUUCUCCUUUUUUUUAAAUUUAUAUUUUGUUUACUUAAUAUUUAUUUGGAAAGUCCAAAAUUUCUUGACUUAAAUGGGCAAGAUAUUUUGAAGCAAGUAUUUUUAUAAAAAAAUUGUUACAAAAUAUUACAUUUUAAUUUUUUUCUAAUCUUUCUGUCUUGUCCUUCAAAAAAAUCAGAUUUUCCCAUUUCUAUUUCUAAUACUUUAUAUCAUUGUACUAACGAAUAACUCAAAUGUUUAAAAAUCUUUUGAACAUAAUAGUUUUAGAAAGCAACUUUAACAUGUUCUCUUUGUUUAACUAUAUAUUUAAAAAGAGUGCUUUACAUUACGAUGUGCUCACGAAUCUGUUCGCUGUCACUUGUCUUAGUGUUCUUAUUAUUGUAAUGGUGUCAAAACAGAGAAGCACGACACCUCCUCGGGUGAGGACGAGGAGUGGGUGGUGGAUCAGCGACAUAUAUCUGAACUCAAAGAGCAGUAUAAGAAGGAAAGAAAGGGAAAGAAAAAUAGUAAGUGUUGUAACUGUGUACACAGUUCAUGCUUGUAUUUGUCCUCCAUAUUUUUCAGACAGUUACUUUUGGGAAUUCUUGUUUAUAGUUUUGCAUAAACCUCUGAUGAAUGUUUAUAUCAAUUUUGAUUAAAAAAGGCUUGAUUAGUUUGUAAUUAAACUACAUUUUUGUAAGAAAACCUAUUACUUUUUCAGUGUAACUAAGGAAUCUGAAAUGAUAGGAUGCUUAAAGCAUUUAGAUUUUUAUCUAUUUGUUAUUGCAUAGGGAGUGCUAGCUAAGAAAAAGUUUAACAAUUGUAUGAGUUUAUGAUCAAAUUUUAGCAAUUAAAUUGUAAACUGAUGAGAGAUUGUAAUUUUAAUACAUAUCAAAAUAUUUAUUGUCAAAAGUGUGAUUGGAGUCUGGAAUUCAAAUUUAAAAAAUGACAUGAAAUAAAAAAAUAAGUUUACAUUUUCCUUAUUUGAUGCAGCUAUUAUUGUUAAGCAGCAUGCUGAUGUGAAUCUGGUUUUAGAUUUAGGAUAUAGCUUUAGAUUGGAGUGCACAUUGUUUUUGGGAUCAUAAUAUUAAUUUCUUAGAAUAUUAAAAUUAUUUUGUCGUCAUUACAAUAAAUAUAUAAAAUCUUAUAGACUUACACAAUUUUAGAGAUACAAAGAGUUGUUAGGCAGUGUAUUGAUUUUAAGGUUCAUGUGAACAAAAUUCAAUGUUUAAAAUAACUACCCACUUAUGUUGCACCAUUAAAAAAAAUUAAUUUAUAGUUGUAACCUGAUAUAUAUUUUUUUAGAAAUCAGAAAGUAAUUGAAGACCCUUGGGCUAAACCUAAGUCACAUUUUUGUCAAAAUUAAAUCUAACCUUUUCUUAUCCAGUAGACAAAUGUACCGCAUACAUUUGAACACAUUAAAAUGCACUUAAGUCCCUUAUUUAACAAACAAAAAAAAUGAAAAUGAUCACAUUUUAUAGACCCAAGAAUAUUUGAACUUGAUUAUCUUAAAAUUGGUAUCUUGUGACUAAUUACUUUUAGCACUGUGGUCUUUAAUUGGUAAAUUGGGUCUUUCCAUAACCGUGCCUUAAUAAUGCUACCAUAAUAGGCUGAAAUAAAAUAAUUUCAAUAUUUAAGGAAAAAUUUCCCCUUAUUAUUUAAAUUUUUUAUAUUUUUGUUAAACAAUUAAAUCAAUAUAAUAUGCAAGCCUUUGUAAUACAUGACCCUUGCAGAUGAUCCAUUUAAAAAAUCAACGACCUAAUGGAAUUAAUUGUAUUAUUAAUAUAUCUUGACCUGAAGACUAUUUCUGUAUAAUGUGAACUGAAGUUGUUUUACAGAUAUUUCUGGGACUUCCUUUAAUUAUAUUCUGCAAUGCAUGUUAUGAACAAAAUUUCAGCAAUAGUUUCCAAAUUAUAAUUUUUUGCGUUUUGGACACUAGGCGCAUAUUAAAUUUUUUUUACACUGCAUGAUUUUUUAGUGAUAUUUUUUUCUUAAUUCAAUUCAUUUCAGUAUUAUCAAUAAUAUAAUCUUCAUUUCUUUGACUGAUAUGAAUUGAAAAAGCACAAGGGAUAUACACACCCUAGACAGAUUUGACAGUGAAGUGUUUAUGCCUAAUACAAACAUGAGAAACUUCAUUUUAACUGCUUGAUUUCAUAUAGUGUUGCACGUAUGGGCUUUAUUUAGUUUGUGCUGUACUGUAGUCUGAUUGCUCUUUGCUAUGUGGCCACUGUGCCUUACAGGGCCGACUCGGCAUGCCUUGCAGGCCAUGCUUGCCAGUCUGGGCAGUGAAGAAGACAUAACUGCAGUCGGUGACAGCCCACACUUAUCUGCUGGUGAGGACAGGGAUGACGGUAGGGAUGAACUUCUAUGAAGUAUUCAUAUUACGGCAAAUAUUUCUAUAGAUGGCUUACCUCACACUUGUGUAAAAGAGGAAAUAUUUUGCUUUGCUUAAAUUUAAUUGGAAGCAGCUGCAUUUAGAAAUGAUAAAGGGCCAGCUCAAUUAUAUUUGAAAAUGUAUUAAGUGGAUGUGUGCUACUUUUUUUUACAUGUAAGUUUCAUAUAAUUUUUAUCAGUUGGAGAAAAAGUUAUUUUUCCCCAGGACAUUUUUUUGCUUAUAAAUUGUUGGUUGUUGAGUCAAAAUCUUUUAGUUUAUAGUAUUAAUAUUGGCAUGCAAAAGUUAGCUUAAUUGAUUAAAUUGUUAAACAGCAUUGCUUUUACAUUGUUAUGAACAAGAUGAAAAAAAACAAAGGUUAAAACUAGAAAAUGUUCACACUGUACUUUUUAUCUUGAUUUUUGCAAGUGCUUCAUAUAUAACUUUUCUUUGAUAUAAAAUGUAUUUCAAUAAUGGGUUAUGUAGUUCAAGUGAAAAUAACUUGAGAAUAGAACCUUAAUCUCCUUUUCAAAUAAUUUCCAAGAGAAUAAAUUUUCAAACCUCACUCUUUAUAUCUAUAUUAUUUCAUAAUCAUUUUCUAGCUUUAGUUUUAUCUCUAUUAGUAUUAAUCUUAAUUGUUUAAAACAUUUGUAUAAGAGCAGUAUAAGUUUAUAAAAAAAUUUUUUUUAAAAUCUAUUAGUUUUCACUUAAAUGUAAGGUUGAAUUUAAAAGAAACAGAAAUUUCUCUCUGAAAUACAUCAGCUUUCAAUCAUAUAGUGAAUGCAUCAAGGAAGUCGUACUAUAUGGGUUUUAUCAGACUCCAGUUUUGAAACGCUGCUUGAAAAAUAAAGUUAUCAAUGCUUUUCCAUAAAAUUUUGUUGUAUUUUCUGAAUGUGCUUUGCUUUUUAUUAAUGGCAUUAAGCAUGUUUUGUGGCUCCUCUUCGUAUUAACCCUUCCCUCUUGUGUUUUUAUUACUGCACAUAAAUAAUUUCAGUCAUGUCUUUCAAUAAAUCAAAUAAUUUUGAUCAAAGUAUGAAAGCAUCCCUAUGAUCCUUUCAUUCCUUUUAUUUUUAUUAGUGUUGCAUUUUAUCAAAGGAAAUGUAUGUCUUACUAAAGUAAACUUUUAUAAUCUCAGAUGAGACUCAAGCUUUGUGUCCCAGCUUAAUUUUGAGUUUAAAAUUCUCUUUAGCAACAACUUUAAAUUGCAGCAGAUGUAAUGACCUUUUAAUCUUUAUUUCUAAGAGCCAAAAAUAAAUGUACAUUUUCCUUAAUCUUAAAAUUAUAAUUCAUCAUCAGAUGUACCCUCUGGUGGACAAGUCAGCUACGCCCGUAAACCUAUGAUGGGCUUGCAAGAUGAUGAGGAAAAUAUUGAUGGUGGACUAGGGCUUGGUGAGUUAGCAGGACUAACUGUCAAUAAUGAAGCGGAUCCCAUGAAUUAUGAUGUAAGUAAAUUCUAUAGCAAAUAAAAUAAAUAUUUUGUUAACUUAGAAAAUUGAAAUUUUUUAAUAGUGCCACACUCAGACCGAUCAUAUGUUGUGAUUAAAUAAGAUUUUUAGUUUUGUCAAGGAAAUUUUAGAAAUUAGCCAUCAUUAAUCUAUGUAUUUUUGGACCUGCAUCCUCUUUUUCUAGAUAUCAGCUCCUAAAGAAGUAUAUAGAAAAACCUGGAAUGCUAAAUAUACUCUGCGUAGGUAGGUCUUAAAUGGAUUUCAAUUCUUAAAUUAUUCCCGCCAGUAUAAUGGCUUAAUUACUUGGUCACUAUGCCUGAACAAAGUAACAUUAAUUUUCAGGUGAAUUUAAAUUAUUUCAUGGUACUUUUAUGGCAAUAUUAUUCAAUGAUAAAAAAUUAUGACUAAUUCACCCGGAAAUAGUUAAAAUUUAUGAUCAUAAUAACAUUGAUGUAGAAAUGCUGGUAUCGUACUAUAAAUUGAUUUUUAUGACUAAAUUUUGUAUUUUAAAGCCAUUUUGAUGGUGUCCGAGCAUUGGCAUUUCAUCCUGUAGAGCCUGUUUUACUAACAGCAUCAGAGGAUCAUACUCUGAAAUUAUGGAAUUUACAGAAAACUGUACCUGCGAAAAAGUAAGUGCAUUCUCUUUAUCAUUUAAACUAUAUGGUGAGUCUUCCAGCUACGCUCCUGGAUAAAAUUCAAAUAGCACAGAAUAAUGCGGCUCGCAUUGUUCUCCGCAAACGCAAGUUUGACCAUGCAAAAACACUUCUGAGAAAGUUGCACUGGCUGCCGGUGCGUGCUCGCAUAGAGUACAAAAUCGCAACUUUGUGCUACCGCUGCUUACAUGACAUGGCGCCGUCCUAUCUGAAAGAGCUGCUGACGCCUUAUGUAUCCACUAGACGACUCCACUCAUCCGAUAGUGGCAAACUCUCGACACCACGUGUUUGCCUUGAGACUUACGAAAAGCGCACUUUCGCAUUUGCUGGUCCAACAAUUUUGAACGCCCUUCCUGUCGAUCUCAGAAACAAGCAGACACUGGAGUCCUUUAAAACCGAUUUAAAGACACAUCUAUUUCGCAAACACCUUCUGGGAUGAUUGUCUAACUUAUUUUCCAGUUAAUGCCUCUUGGCUGUAUUGCUUAUGGUUGAAAUGGCUAGAAAGACUUUGACAUUGUAUGCUUGUAAUUAGUUUUUGUAGUGUUGCGUUUGUUUUAAAUGCGGUAAAUUAUAGAUUUGUUUUUUGUUGAUCUUUGUACCGCGCUUCGAGCCUUUGGGGAUGAAGCGUGUUUUUGAAAUAAACUUUAUUAUUAUUAUUAUUAAAGAAAUGUUAAAACCCAUUGUUAUUAAAAUAAAUUAUUUAUCUUAUUUGCUAACUCGUAAUUCUCAACAAAGUAUAAGGCAUUGUAUUGGAAAAUGCCUUUAUGUAUGAGAAAACUUUUAUUUUAAAUAAAAAAUUGUGGCAAUUAUUUUUGUAGAUGUUUGAUGAUUUAAAAGAAAUAAACCUAUAAAUUAGUAUUUUUAAGGGUUGUGUGUGUUUUUAAAUCAGACAGGCUGUCAUUUUAAAAUGUCACUUUAUUUUUUUCCUUGCGUUAGUUUUCUCACCAUCACCUACCACCUCCUUGAUCCCUGAUCUCCACUUAUCCUCUCCAUGACCUCUAAUAAUCAUCACUACCUUCUCCCACCCUUUACCCCUUUAUUCUCCCUUCACCCUCAGCACCACUUACUAAGUAUUAAAACUCUUGAAAUUUUGUUGUGCUUCCUAGAGCUGCAUCUUUAGAUGUUGAGCCUGUAUAUACAUUUCGUGCCCAUGUGGGGCCAGUGCUGAGUUUAGCAGUUAGUCCAUCUGGGGAGCAGUGCUAUAGUGGUGGCAUGGACACAACAAUAAGAUGUUGGAACAUACCAAAAUCUGAUAUCGAUCCAUAUGAUUCUUUUGGUAAGUUUUGACAAGUUUUAUACAUUAUUUGUGCUACAUUAGCAGUUACAAAAUGUAACUUGGCAGUUACAAAAUUUAACUUGUACUUAGAUAGCAAGUUCUUGUGGUUUCAGAUCCUAAUGUCUUGUCAGACACUCUUGAAGCACAUACAGAUGCAGUAUGGGGAUUAUCAAUACAUAGCUCUAAAAAUCAGUUACUCUCCUGCUCGGGGGAUGGCACUGUGCGGCUUUGGAGUCCAGGAAACAAAUCACCACUUCUGAAUACUUUCACUGUUGAAUCUGGUAAGCAAAAUAUUUUCUACCUACUACCUUAUAACAGGGUUUGCACAGUCUUUGACGGUCUUUGAAGUUUUGGGGAAAAUGUAAAAAAAAUUACCAAGGCCUGGAAAGUUUGGGAAAAUUGACCAAAGAAAAUUUGUCUUUGAAAGUUGGGGAACAUGAUUAAAAUAAUGACAUGCAUAAUGAUCUGUAACUCUUUUAGAAAGAAAUUUGUUGAUUGGUUGGUAGAUUUCUUUAAGUUAAUAAAAUUGAUCUUAAGUGAACAAUAGCACAAUAACUGCACCUGUUUUGGCUAGGCCUACAUGUUCUAAAAAUGUGUUGGCCUUUGUUCUAAUUUUUUAUAUGGAUUACGGACCGUUGUAUAUACUUAAGUGUGAUAAAGAAUUUUAUAUCUAUGCUAUAAUUAGGUGUUUUUUCUUUUCUUAUAAUAUAAUAAAAAGUUUUAAAAAAGGUCUUUGAAGGUUUGGGAAAAGUUUGUAAAUUCUGUACCUCAAGUCUGUCUGAACAUGUAUUAAUAUAAAUAUAAUUGUUAACAUUUUACCCUGAAAUCUUUAAUCAAACACUGUUAACAAGCGUGUAAAGCCGACCAAGCAGACUCAUAAAACACCAGUUAUGACUUGUUCGUUCCUUUAAAAACUUCUCUUUUACUUGUAGAUGAAGGGGUUCCAACAUCUGUAGACUUUGUACGUUGUGAUCCAACACAGAUGGUUGCUAGUUACACAUCCUCUAAUACUUACAUUUUUGAUAUUGAGACUGGGAAACAAGUACUCAUGCUGGAAACAAAAGUUAAUUCUGGUAAGAUAUUAAUUAGAAUGUACAAAGCAUUUUUUUUUUUUUUAGAAGAUAAGGUGGUCCACACACACAAAUUGAUUAUACCAAUUCAAGAUAAUUUCAUUAAAAAGUUGCACUGGACAAUUAUUAGAGAAUUUAAUAUGUUUUUGUUUUUUCAUUUUCUUGUGGUUUUGUAAAUGCAUGUUACACAUAUAAAAAAACUGAAAGCCAUACUAAAAUGUUUGAUUUGAAUGUGUAUUUUGUAUUUAUCAAUUAAAUGUUGAUUUUUUUACAUUUUAACCUGCAAUUUAUCUCUUUAAAACAAAUUAUUUGAACAUAAAACCCACCCACACUCAUGUAUCUAUAAAUAUACAUUCUCUAAUAUUAUAGAUUUCUGAUCAAAUAAUUUGAGAAACUAUUAAUCUCUUCUUUAGACACAAGUGGACGGAACCAAAUCAACAGAGUAAUUAAUCAUCCCACCCUACCAAUCUCAAUUACAGCACAUGAAGAUCGGCACAUAAGAUUUUUUGAUAAUAAUACGGGUGAGUUUUAAAAAAAUGCCAUUUUAAUUAUGUAUUGAAUCUUCUUUUAACAGAUUCAAUUGAAAACAAAAACUCAUAGCAUCUAAGCAAUACUCAAAAGCUAUCAGAUGGUAUACACAGACCUGUUUACCCUUGAACUCCUAAAAUCAUACAAUAUUUUUUCAAAGGCGUACAAUACAGUAUCUUAAUAGUAAAUAAAUAAACAUGCAGUAUAUAGAAUGUAUACAAUGACUACUCGCAUAAUGUGUUUAGUGGGACUGAGUUAAGCUGACAUAAAAAAUGGUAACUUCCAAAAGUACAUGACUGAAGUUUAUUUUGCAAUCUUCAGUCACUUUGUUUUGCAGACAUGUAUCAGCAAUAGAUAUCACUUAAUUUCAGGUUAACGUGCAAAUCACGUUAUCACAGUCUGUCACUGAAAAAAAUAAAGUUACUGGUGAAAUUCAACGUUGUUCAAACUGGAAAUCAGCAUAAAAUAAAAUUUAAUGAAAUUAGAAUUAAUUUAACAAAUUAUGCAGUGAAUUUAAAAAAACCCACCAAGUAACUUGAGAUUUAUCAUUUAAGAAUAGAUGGUUUUUUUUAUAAAAGGAUAACAGUCUGAUAACUCCCACAAGCUGUAAAUGGGUAAAAGGAAGAAGGGCUAUUAAAAAUCGUACAGCAAUUUUGUCCGUUCUAAAAAUGGAUUUCAAAUGCCCUCUGAGAUCCUAGAAAAUAUGUCAAAAUCUAAUGUUGCUGUCUGUUAAAGUUGCAAUCUGUAGUUUUCUAUGAUUCUACACUAGCCGCGGUUCAGCUGUAAGAAAUAAUUAUAUCACAAAAUUAUGUCAUACAGCACCAAAGCAAACAAAUGCAUGGAGGUGCCAUGUAUAAAGUAUGUACGGGGGGAAAAAAGUCAAAUUUCACCCCCAUCCUCUCCCUCCUGUUGCACGCUAACUUUUUUUGAUGACCCCCCCCCCCCCCCUUUGCGUAUAUCCAAUGAGCUUUUGACACCCACCCCACAAACCCAACAAAAUACAAUAAUCUUUAUACAAUUAGGAUGUUUGGCAGUAAACAAACUGGGUUUUCACCACUGGCUGUUUGGCAAAUCCACUGGUUCCCAGAAUAUGCACCAUUAUCGCCCUGGGUGCUCAUUGCUCUCAGGCAGAGCCAUGAGAAUAGGGCAAAGAUCCAAAAUUUGGGGGCUCCAAAACUAUUCUUGGAAAUGACCUUAAUAGUGGAUUAAACUAUAAAAUCACAUUUACUUCAUAAAGACAAAGGGCGCUGAACAUGGUCCUUUAACUGGUCUGUCUGAGUGUGGGUGGUAUUGUGUGUACAUAUUUUUGUAUAUGGGUUGCUGCGGCUUCCUCACAGGAACUUUGCAAAAUAAAAUAUUCAAAAUUUUCAUAAUUUAUUUCCAAUGGGUCAUCUAUCGUCUUGGUGCUAACAGUAACCCACUGGAAUAACUACUGUUUGCAGUUACUAGAUGGCGCUUAGUGACCUACAUACUUGCUAUAUUUAUUUUUACCCAACCCUUUAUUUUAUUUUGUUUAUGUAGUCGGUAUUUUGAAAUGUACUUGUUAGAAUUGAACACAGGGAGCCUAAUUAAAACAUGAAUUAGCAGGGAAUAGAAAAUUUUAGAAGCACUGGCGUAGCCCAACAAAAUAUACAUCACAUGCUUAAACAGUAGACUAAAUAUUACUGUAAUAUCUCUACUACUCAGUACUAUCUGAGUAUAUCUAGCCAGUUCCUUUAUGAAAAUACAUGGCAACAUUAAUGCAAUAAUUCACAAAACAAUGCGUGAUAUUUUACAGCAUGCGAGAUAUAAAUAGGAUAUUUUUGGACUCUCAGAGUUUAAGGAUAAAUAUUGUUGAAUUUUUGAAUAGUGUAAGUACUUAAUGGUGAGACACACACCACCCCCACCCUCGCUAUAAAAUCUAUUAAAUCAGCAACCUCUCCCUUCAGUAUGUACGUUCUAUAUAGAUGGGCCCGGAUUAAUUAAAAUUGUCACCAGGGCGACUACACUAAUAAUAUUACUGUUGCAGUGUCUAGCGAGUUCAUUAUGAAAACACAAAGCAGCAAUGUUACCAUCACCACUAUCAUUACAAAAAUGUGGCAGAGUUAAUUUUAUAGACUUGAAUAUUAAGGAAACACACACACACACCCCCACCCCCUUUCCACACACACAAAAUCACCACCACUCCAUUCCCAUCUCAGGGCAAAAGUAAUAUACUGUUAAAUCUCAAAUCACUAUAUCAAUUUUAUUGCUUUUUGGCCAAAUAAAGAUAAUUUAUUAUAGUUUCCUGUGAUUAUUCUUAUUAUGUAAAAAUACUGUUAUUGUUAUUAACAUACAUUAUAUAUAUUAUUGAUUUAUAGUUUCUGUGUUAAGUUACCAUGGAAUCUAUUAGUGUUGAGAAAAAAAUAUUCAUAUUUUUGUUUCUGAUAGUUUAUUUUAUAGAAUGCUAUUGUGUAAUUUAGGAGACUAUUGCAAAUGAAUUUUUUUUUAAAUCUUUUGUUUAGAUUUAAACAUGUUAAAAUAUAAUUAAAAUCCUUUUUUUUAUAUGUUUAUAAAUUAUUUAUUCCAGGCAAAUUAAUUCACUCAAUGGUAGCUCACUUAGACUCUGUUACAAGUUUGGCAAUAGAUCCUAAUGGCUUAUAUCUUUUAUCAGGGAGUAAGUAUGCAUAAUAUUAGUUCUAAUCAUAAUAAUCCAACCCUUUGUUAUCUUAAUUGAUAUAUAAAUAUUUGAGUUGAAAAUGAUUUGAGCAUCAAGUAAAUUCUGUUCAUUGAAUAUAUUCUUCUUUGUUUCUAAAAAAUUCAGGUCACGAUUGUUCAAUUAGGUUAUGGAAUUUAGACAGUAAAACAUGUGUUCAAGAAAUUACUUCCCAUCGCAAAAAGUUUGAGGAGUCUAUUCACGAUGUUGCCUUCCACCCACAAAAACCAUACAUAGCUAGUGCGGGUGCUGAUGCUCUGGCCAAAGUAUUUGUAUGACGUGUUUAGGAGUCUUCUAGUCUAUAAUUAAAGGGAGAUGACCGCAAGCAAUUCCUUAUUGUAUGUGUGUGCUGUUGUAAUGGUACUGUAUUGAAGUUAAGUAAGGCAUCAAGUUGAUUUGAUUUUUGUAGAGCAGACAGAAUUGUUUGUUAAUUUAUUAUGGAGUAAAAUGUUAGUACAUUUUAAGAACUUAUAUAAUGCAGCAUUUAUUUGUCAGGGUUCAGUAAACACUUACAUGGAAGUUUAGGUUUUGUUCAAUAUUCAAAAGCUGAUUAGAUUUUUUUAAAAUCAAAUGCAGUGUAUUUAAUUAUGAGGUGGACUUCUAAAUAAUUUAUCUGUACUAAAUGUAUACAUUUAUUCAAUUCAUUUGCCACCUGAAUCUUUUGAAUCAGAUGGAUCUAAAGUUUCUGGUGAGUCUCUUGUAACAUAACAUUUAGUUGUUACCAAGUGACUAAAAAUAAUUAGGCCCUCUAUUUAUAUCACUGUUCAAUUUUAUAGAUAGGGUGAGAUAUCGUGCUUGGUUAUGUCACCACCCACAUUUUUGCCAACAUUUCUAAAUAUGUAAAGGGUAAGCAUAUAAAAUAUCACUUCCUAAUCUGGAAAAGUUUUAAAGAAAGUAAAGCUAUGAAUUUAAAUGGGCUAUUUUUGUCAUGUUUUCUGCAAUUUCUCUGUAAACAGUAAAUGUUUAUUUCACCCUGUUAAACUUAGAUCAAGAUCUGUUAAGUGAGGAAGGUUUCGAGUGGCUUAUUUGAUUGUCUAAGUGAUGUCAUGUGUAGUGUGAUAUGUAAAAAAGCCAAGGUGCACAUUUUCAACAGAUUUGGAUUUAAAUUAGUAUAUAUUAAAAUCCUUGAUAAAAUGUAUCCCCUAAACCAAGCUGUAACAAACAUGCAAUUGAAAUAUAUAAAAAAAAUUUAUAAGUUAUGAAGUAAAAAACGCUAACAGUUUGACAUUCAGAUAAGAAAUGUUCUCUUUAGUGGCAAUGAAAUUUAACAAAACGGUCUCAACACAAACUUAGAUAUCAACAUAUUAAGACAACUUGCAAUAGUAGGGUUAUUACAAUUUAAUCUGAACUUAGCAAAACUUUAAUAAUAAUAAUAAUGAUGAAAUUUGUUUGCUGAACCCUGAAAUAUGCUUUUCAUGUAUAUUCCUUGCCAGCACCGAAAGGAAGUCCUUUUUCAUCAAUAAUAAUCCCAGAAUUUAAAAAUAUUUUGGUCACAAUAAAACAAAUAGGAGAAAAUGUUAACUCUAAUCUGGUUAUGUUAUAGAUUUCUUUAAAAUUAUAAAAGGAUUUAUCUCAUUACUUGGAAUUAAUGUUUCAGUUUUAUUAGCAAAGAAUCUUAAUGAAAAUUGAUGUACAAGUCUUGUGAUUUUACUUUUAGCUUCUCCAGCCAAAUAAUAAAUAAAAGACAAACUUGAUCUAAAAAGCUUCUUAUUCUGAUAAAUAGUUGGUUCCACAUUGUCCUUGUUUUUCUAUAAAUAAUGGAUAUGUUGCAAGCCAAAGGGUUUAAAUAACUUGGACUUUGCAGUGUUUACUGUUAGUUGGCAUAUCUUUCCUCAGAUCUAUUCUAUAACCAACAAAAAAAUUAGUUGAUUACAAACAGUGAUAGUCCAAUGGGUUACAUUAAGAAAUAUUUUUAAUGUGAGAAUGUAUGCUUAUUAUUUCUUGAAAAACAAUCUUAAAACAUUUUUUUUAAACAUGAAAUAACAAAAGCAAAUCCAUAAUUCUGAUUCCAGUUUAAUUUGCUAGCAUUCUAUUUCUCCAAUCAAAUAUAAAACAUUCAUUUUCACUUACAAUAAAGGCAAACAAUGUAAUGAUAAAGCAUUUUAAUAAAGGCUUUAAAAUAAAGUCAGGUUAAAUAUUUUUUAAAUAUUAAAAUGGAAGACUUUGUAAAGAGCCAAAAUAAAUAAAACAAAUGGAAAUAUAACCCUUAUAAUAUAAUGCAAGUUAUUGACAUUUAAGGUUUUUUUUUCUAUAUUAUAUUUAUAAAAGUAUAAAUUACUAGUUUUCUUAUGGAGAAUCCAUCUAUAGAGAAAACUUGUGAAGAUAAUUUUUUUUUUCCAUUGUGCUAAAUUGUUGACAAAUUAAAUAUAUUUUUAUGAGAAUAAGUCUACUUUUUGGCUGUUAUGUGCUAGCAACUUCUAAAUGAAAAAUCCCAAGAUUUUCUAAUUUUUAAGAAUAGAGAGUUAAAUUUAUGUAUGGUUGGAACAAAUUUCAAAAACAACAUUUUUUUCACCUGGUGAGUUGGGAAACCAAACUUUAGUUAUUCAGCUUUUGUAUUAAUUUCUUUGUAAAUAAAUUAAGAACUAACAAUCAAGUUAAGUUACAAAUAAACACUUACCGGUAUCAGAGUUGACAUGGUACUAUCCACUCUUAUAAAGAAUGAUUUAUACCCCUAAUAUAAUCUCAGAUAUAAAUAUGUAUUAAUAUAUUUUAUGUACCUUGUCCAUUUAAUUCUCUCUUAGCUCCCUUAUUUGCACAGUUGUUGAGUAUUAGAGAAUAAAACACAUUCUGAGAAUCAUCCUUAAAAUGCAAAACUAAAAUUGCCAAUCAUAAAAGAGUUUUAUUUAAUAUAGUAAUUAAACUUUACAAUCCCCACCCUCAAAAGCUAGGAUUUAUUAUAUUUUGGGGUGUUCAUAUUGCCUAAAUUUAUUUACUUUUCAAGGCAAUAUUUUACAAUUAAUCUACUCCUUUAUUUUAGCUGAUCAUAGAGAUCCCUUUUUUUAAAAAAAUAAUUUAAAGGAACUUGCUUCAUUUAGACUUUUCUACUGUGUAAAUUUCUGUAAAAUAAUUUACGACCUUUUGUAUAAAAUAUUUGUAAGUAUCAGUGUAUUGAUAAAUGAGCUAACUCAGUAUUUACUAGUUCUGUAGUGCUUGCUUGUGAAUAUGAGUCAACAAUAUACAUUAUAGGCCAAGACUUACUUUAAGACUCUAAAAUAUAUAUUUUUUUUAAACUCAACCUUUUAUUAUUUAAUAGAAAUCAUCAUUACUACCAUAAACAUCUACAUUUCAAACAAUACCAGAAAACCCCUCCUUUCAGUACUUUGUAAUUUAAUGGUUGUGUUAGUUUUCAUUUAAGUCAUUCAACAUGUGCCGUAUGAAAAGUAGAUGAAUGUGUGCGCUUGCAAUAAAUGUUUGCAUUUCUAUGAUGUAAAGUUUCUUUUGUAACUCCUGGUAUUUCUGUUCUUCUUUUUCACAUUACAUGGAAUAGACAACAUGAGACUUUAUAAAGUGUUUAUUUUUAAAAAGUUAAAAAUACCCCAUUUUGUUAAUAUUUUAUUCAGGUAUAAUUUGACACUAAAAAGAAAUAAAAAUGGUCUUAUGUUAAAUAAGGCUGCAGGUAAUUCUUUUAUAUGUUUCUGCAGUUUUGUUUUCAAAUCUCAUUGUUUGCUGACUUUAUGUAAAGUGAAGAAUUUUUAAUUGAAAUCAAGCUGUGGCCAUAUUUUACAGUUGACAUUAAUAUUUAAAUUGUCAAGAAAGUGAAAACCCAGUUUACAAAAAUGAAAUAUCAUUUGGAAAGGGCUGUUCACUCUUGUGUGCAUACACUUAGCAUUUAGUAGCAGUUUAAAGUAAGAUUGUUAUACUUUUACUUUUUACUGUAGGAUAAUCAAGUGUCUAUUCUUUUAUUAAAAUACAUUAUCUAUUUAUAAAUAUGCUCUUACCGUAAACUAUUGAGAAAAAAAAAUUAUGCAAAUAUGAACAAUAGUGGGCUUCAUUUCAUGAGUAUUGAUAAAAAAAAAAGAACCAGCUUAUUAUUGGUAGUUUUUCCUUAUUAAAUAAGUUAUUUAUGCUGGCACUCCAAAAUUGGUAUUAGACUUGCAACUAAUUUUUUUUUUUUUUAUGAUAGAAGUCAUGAAUAUAGAAGCGAUUUUUUUUUUUCUCUUGUCCUCAUUUUUAAACCUGAGUUAGUAUUGUUAAUCAUGUCAAAUAUUCUGAGCAUAAUAAUAAGCUAUGAACUGUAAACAAAAUAUAAAAAAAAAAGAACAAACUUAUUAUUGGUAGUUUUUUCUUAUUAAAUAAGUUAUUUAUGCUGGCACUCCAAAAUUGGUAUUAGACUUGCAAUUAAUUUUUUUUUUUUUUAUGAUAGAAGUCAUGAAUAUAGAAGCGAUUUUUUUUUUUUCUCUUGUCCUCAUUUGUAAACCUGAGUUAGUAUUGUUAAUCAUGUCAAAUAUUCUGAGCAUAAUAAUAAGCUAUGAACUGUGAACAAAAAUCAUAGCUUUUUCAUUAUGUUAAAAAAAAAUAAUUCAUAUCUUGAGGAGUAAAAUAUGGUAAUUGUUCCUCAAUCUGACACUUAUCUAAUAUAAUUACCAUAAAACCAGAACUAUUUCUAUAGCGCAAAGAUCCACAUGUUUAGUUCUACUAAAAGUUAUAAGUAAAAAUUAAGGAGAGAUUUCUCUGACCUGGUGAUUAGUUUAAAAUGAAUGCUCUACAUAGAAAAGGUUACUGGACAACUAUGAGGACAUCAAAAACAUUCAAUUGGCAGAAAUAGCCAUAUGAACAGUGUCAAAUCUCAUUGAAUCUUGCUGUUUAGGAAAAAAAAUGUAUAAUGGUAGACACUAUAGUCACCAUUUUUUCUUACCUUGCCAUGUUCUCAUGGGUUGCUAUAGGAGAAGUUGGUUCCAAGUGGCAUUUUAUGUAUGGGAGGUGCAGGCUGUUUGAUUUACUCCAAUAUAAGCAGCAACCUUCAUAUGUUUGUCAAUUGUUGCCAAGGGGGCAAAAGUGUGUGUGUGUUAGUUUUACAAAUUUGUAGAGAUUAAAAUGCUAGGAAAAUUUUCAUAUCAUUUGUGGCAUUUUUUUUUUUUCAGUGGUGAUAUUUGUGGUUUUUUCCAUUAAAACCAUGCAUGUUUUACUGAGGUUAAUUUAUUUAGACGGCUCUCAACCUGAUUUUAAAAAGAACUUGAGGUAAUUCUUCACAAAAAGUUGACUUUUUUGGUGUGCCUAAAACAUAUUCUAAAUAAUUUUUUAUAUGGCUGAUUAUUUCUUGCCUAAAACAUAUUCUAAAUUAUUUUUUAUAAGGCUUCACUUUCCUGUUUACUUUGAUAACUGCAAAUCACUAUUUGUAUUUGACCAAGCGUUAACUGACAUUGGCAAAAUAAUUAAUAAAAGUUGAUCAUGUUGUGUUGUACCCUUCUGAAAGCCUCAGCUUAGCAAAUCUCAUUGACUGCUAAGACAGUGUUCAGUAUCAAAACUGUUUUACUGUUGAUUCACUGACCAACAACCAUACGAGUUCCACAUGUUUAUCAUAAGCUGUUCAAUAUUAGAUAUUGUGAAACGCAUUGAUGAAGGUUUUUCAAUCUAGACAAAUGUAUUUCUAUUGUAGCAGCACAUUUUUUUUUUUUUUUUUCCUUUUCUGGUUUGAG